CAAUGUUUUGGUUAAAACUACGAAAGCAUGUUGUUUUAGGAUUGUAAUUAUAUUUAAGAAUUUCGAAAAUGAUUGGACGUUUGCUUCACUCAACGUUUACAACUGCAAUCAAAUAUUCAAAUAAACGAUUUUUAUUAACAAACUUAAAUUUCUCAAGUAUUGUACAGCAAAACUACGCCGGCUUUCAAUUCCUUCAACUGCAACAACUUCAUGUUAAGGUAUUUGACAAAGAAGUUGGUUUCGAUAAUCAACGGGAAUCUAAUAGAUACGAUGAAAACGAAUCAAUUUCUAUAAAUCACACACAAAAAGUCGAAGAUGUACAAAAAUUAUCUAAACGAGUACCACGGGUAAGAAGGAUAGUACGCACUGAGACAGAAGUGGAUGAUAAUGUAAAAAUAAGUGAUGCCGAUGUUUUUGGUGGCGCUAGAAUAGAGGAAGAAGAGCUCGAUGCAGGUGACAAAGAAGAAGAGGAAUUUUUGAAUCGUUCAACACGACGAACUAAAAAGUUACAAACACAUCAAUAUGCCAGAUUAAUCAAGGAGCACAUGAACAUGCAUAGGCUAAAUGAUGCUAUUGCUGUGCUAGAAAAACGUAUGCUCAAAGAGGAUAGAGUGAAACCAGAAAAUUAUAUAUACAAUUUACUUAUAAGUGGCUGCGCUAAGGCUGGCUAUACGCGUAAAGCGUUCAGCUUGUUUACUAAAAUGAGACAACGUGGACUGAAAGUCACUGGAGGCACUUAUACGUCACUUUUCAAUGCCUGCGCUAACGCGCCAUCGAUUGAGGACGGUUUAGGUCGUGCUAAUCAUUUACGAGAAAUUAUGCUAGAAAAGGGAUUUGAACCAAAUCUUAAAACAUAUAAUGUUAUGAUCAAAGCAUUUGGACGUUGCAAGGAUGUCAAAACAGCAUUUUUAAUUGCAGAUGAAAUGUUAGAUAAAAAACUUGAAAUUAACAUUGAUACCAUUAAUUUCUUGCUACAGGCUUGUGCUAGUGAUAUACAAUAUGGAUUUAGACAUUGCUUACUGACAUGGCAUAAAAUGUUACAAAAUGGUUUAAAACCUGAUUAUUAUACGUUUAAUACAAUGUUACGCUGCACACGUGAUUGCGAAUUUGGUGACAUACGAAGUAUGCAAAAUGUACUCCAACAAAUUUUAGAAGAAAAUCAAGCAAUCGCUAUUAGUAACGAUGUUCACAAAAAUAAACAAUUAUUGAUAGAAAGUAAAAGUUCAAAUUUAGAAUCUAAUGACUUAAAACAAAGUACUGAACUGGAAGCAGUACCAGCAGAUACAAAUCCAAAAGAAGUCGUAGCAGUUACUAAUGACAAUCCCACUCAACUAGAAUUGCCUAAUUUAUUAGCAUUGAAACCUCACUUAGGCAGCUUGUUGACGUUAUCAGAGGUAAACAAACCUCAUGAAAGAUUUGUUUUACUUGGUGGUCUCACAGGAUAUUUGGAGAUAAUGAAACAAAACAAUGUAACACCUGAUAUAAAAACAUUUACAACAAUGUUGGAAAUCAUACCCCCAACAAUUGCUGCUGAAAAACAAAUACUGUCAUUUAUACGCAGAAUUGGUUUAAAGGCUGAUAUUGACUUCUUUAAUAUAUUAAUUAAAAAACGUUCAAUGCGUUUCGAUUACGAAAGUGCAAAAGAAGUAUUAUCAAUGUUGCAUACAGUUAAACUACAACCAGACAUUGUUACAUAUGGAGUAUUAGCUUUAGGCUGCACGAACGAAGAGGCUGCGAGGGAAUUAAUACAACAAAUGCAUAACAACGGCAUAAAGAUGAAUGUUGAAAUUCUUGGUGCAAUGUUACGUCAAGGUUGUGCAACGAAAAACUUUUCUUACGUGAUGGAUAUUAUGCAAAUAAGUUUAGAUGAAAAUAUAAAGCCAAAUGAGAUCUUCCUGAGACAUUUGCAUAAUUUCUAUAAACAUUGUGCAAAAUUAAUAGAUGCAAGACAUCCCACCUCUAAAACCAAAACAUUUAAAAAAAUGCAUUCUAAAUUUUGCAACAAAUUACAUACUUAUCACGAGGAAUUAGGUAUAGCUGGACUUAAACUUGAAGAUGCUAUUAAAAAAAUAAAGCAGCGUCCUUAUGAUCAAUAUAAAGAAGACCCAGUGGAUGGUAUAGAACCCACUAAAAAUGAAAAAUUAUUAAGAAAACAGAAAAUAAGCAAAUAUAUCAGAAAACUAAAAUUAGAGAACCUGCAAAACGAUGAGGAUACAAAGUUAACACAAAGAACUAGAAUAGAGUAAAUUGUUAAUUAUAAGUUUAUUAAUAUAAUUACAGUUUUUUUUUAAGACAAUAAAAUUGUUAAACAUCUUUCU